CAGCGCCUCCACCCCAACUCAACUCUCCAACUCAACACGCCAAGGCAAAGCACCAGUAGUCACACAAGAGAAAAGCAAGAGCAGCAAGCAGCACAGAGCUAGAGAAAAGAGGAGCGUCUCAUCGGGAGGAGGAGAAAGAAAAAGCGAGCGAGGAUGUGUGGCGGAGCGAUCCUCGCCGAGCUCAUCCCGGGCGCGCCGGCGCGGCGCGCCACGUCCGGCCAUGGCCACGUCUGGCCGGGCAAGGGCGCCAAGCAGACCAAGGCCGCCGCGGCCGACGACUUCGAGGCCGCGUUCCGGGAGUUCAACGAGGACUCUGAUGUGGAGGACGACGUCGUGAUGGUGAUGGAGCGGCGGGAGGAGGUGGCCGAGAGCAAGCCCUUCGUGUUCGCCGCUUCGCCCAAGAAGCAGCAGCAGGAGGAGGAGGAGGCGGCGCCCGUCCGCCGCAGGAAGCCGGCGCAGUACCGGGGCGUGCGGCGCCGGCCGUGGGGCAAGUGGGCCGCCGAGAUCCGCGACCCCGUCAAGGGCGUCCGCGUCUGGCUCGGCACCUUCCCCUCCGCCGAGGCCGCCGCGCUCGCCUACGACGAAGCCGCGCGCGCCAUCCGCGGGCCCAGGGCCAAGCUCAACUUCUCCUCCUCCUCUGCCGUCGCCGCCGCGGCCCCGGGAGCGCGCAAGCGCGGCCGCGCCGCGCCCCCCGCUGCCAAGCCAGCGCCGGUCAUCACCCUCGUCGACGAUGAGGAGGAGCACGCGUCGUCCUUCGUCAAGCACGAGGCCGAGGCGAGCGAGGGCUCCGAGUCCAGCGGCGCCCUCCCCGACUUCUCGUGGCAGGGCAUAUCGGCGUUCGACGAGGCCCCGGCGUACCCCGCCCCGGAGCCGGAGACCGAGCAGCUGACAAAGCGGGCGAGGACGACGGAGGCGGAAGACACCGACGAGGGCAUGUCGGCCCACCCGGCAUCAGACUCCGACUCCGACGCGCUCUUCGACGCCCUCCUCUUCGCCGACCAGUUCGCCUUCUUCAACGGCGGCGCCUACGAGUCCCUCGACAGCCUCUUCAGCGCCGACGCCGUGCAGAGCAGCGCCACCGCCACCGCCGUGAACGAGGCGGCCCUGGGGCUCUGGACCUUCGACGACGACUGCCUCGUCGACGAGUGCAGCCUGUCGUUCUAGAUCUUGUUCCGUGUGCGUCCGUUCAUGUCAUGAGAUGCGGUGGUGUAAAUAGAGUAGCUUGCCUUGUGAUGAAAUCCGUUCGUCCGUCGUCGCUUCUUGGAUCAGCAAGCGAUGAUGGAUUCUGUGUAAGAGUUUGGCAUCGUCGUGAAAGAUUUUGCCUACGCCUUCGAUGCAAAA